AUGAACAACACACUCACUCUAUUCAUCUGCAUCACAGGUAUCUACACCUCCUUCAUAACAUGGGGUUACCUCCAGGAACAAAUCACAAUCCAAAAAUUUGGACCAAAUAAUGAACAAUUCCAUGCUCCAUUCAUAAUUAACUUGGUUCAAAAUUUAUUUGGUUUUAUAGUUGGUUAUAUUUAUUUAUACUGGAAAACCAGUAAUUCAACAAUCAAAGUAUCCAUAUUCAACAAGAAUCUAAUCAAAUCAUUGGUAUUAAUCUCUUUGACACAAUCAUUAUCUUCGCCUAUUGGACUAAGUUCAACAAAUCAUUUAGGUUAUUUAUUAUAUACUUUAUCAAAAAGUUGUAAAUUAAUACCUGUUAUGAUUGUUCAAUAUGUGUUGUAUCAAAAAAGGUUCCCUCGUUAUAAAUAUUUGGUGGUGGGGAUUGUUACUAUAGGUGUUGUACUAUUUACUCUAGGUUUACCAUCCAAAAAAAAUAGCUCAGAUAUUAAUGGUAAUUUAUCAAUUGGUUUACUAUAUAUAUUUAUUUCAUUAUUAUUAGAUGGUUUAACAAAUUCUUUACAAGAUGAUUUAUUUAAAAAAAAUCAAAAUUUAUCAGGUGCACAUCUUAUGACUGGUUUAAACCUAGUUUCAUUUAUUUUAACUUUGGGUUAUACAACAAUUUUAUCAAAUCAAUUAAAAUAUUCAAUUGAUUUUAUAUCCCAGUAUCCAUCAAUCCUAAAAGAAAUUGUUCUUUAUGCGGUUUGUGGUGCUUUAGGACAAAUAUUUAUAUUUAUUACUUUGGAAAAAUUUGGUUCUUUAAUUUUAGUUACUAUAACAGUUACAAGAAAAAUGAUUUCAAUGUUAUUAAGUGUCUUUUUAUUUGGUCAUGAUUUGAAUUUAAAUCAAUGGAGUGGGUUGUUUUUAGUAUUUGGUGGGAUUGGUUUAGAAGCUUAUUUAAAAUUGAAUCAAAAAAAACAAUCAACAAUAACUACAGAUACCAAGAAAGAAAAAUAA